CCCUCUCCUUUUCCCUCUCCCUCUCUCUCCCUCGCUCUCCCUCGCUCCCCUUAUUCUCCCUCUCCCUCCCCCCUCUCGACACACUCUGAGCCCCGCCCUGAGCCCUGAUGUGGAGCACCCUCCUCUCCUCAGUGUCACUCCAGGGCAAACACAGGAGACCCGCAGCCCAGAGGAGUGCACAGCAAAGGCGGAGACACUCUCUCCCCAGCCAAGGCCUAGAGCCCCAGCGCCGACAGAGCAGCACUACCCUGCUCGACUCCCCGUUUGCCAGCUCAGAAGUGCUCUGCCAGCAGGCUUCGAGUCCCGUUGAGAUGCCCUUCGGAGGAGGCAACAAGUGUGGCUGCUGCCAGAAGACGGUCUACUUCGCCGAGGAAGUGCAGUGCGAGGGCAAGAGCUUCCACAAGUCCUGCUUCCUCUGCAUGGCUUGUAGGAAGAACCUGGACAGUACAACAGUAGCAGUCCAUGUUGAUGAAAUCUACUGCAAGUCCUGCUACGGCAAGAAGUAUGGGCCAAAAGGCUAUGGAUAUGGUGGUGGAGCCGGAACUUUGAGCAUGGACACAGGCGACGCUCUGGGAAUUAAACCUGACCAACAGACAGCUCACCGGCCCACUAACAACCCCAACCCAUCCAAGUUUGCCCAGAAGAUGGGCGGCUCUGACGUUUGCCCUCGCUGUGGCACCGCUGUCUACGCUGCAGAGAAAGUGAUCGGGGGCGGAAACUCCUGGCACAAAAGCUGCUUCCGCUGUGCCAAAUGUGGGAAGGGACUGGAGUCUACCACUCUGGCGGACAAAGAUGGAGAAGUCUACUGCAAAGGGUGUUACGCCAAGAAUUUCGGCCCCAAAGGCUUUGGAUUUGGACAAGGGGCUGGGGCACUGGCUCAUUCCCAGUAGACACCGUGUUCAUGGACGACCCCCAGCCCCAGCUCGCUACUGCCCCCUUAUGGCUUCUUAGGUCACACUUAGCAUCCUUCUGCACUACACAAUAUCACACUAGCUAAAGCCACAAAAGCUCUGAAUUUAGCAGCUUUUGUUUUCAGUUGUGGGCACUAAAGAAGCUGCACAUUGCUGAAAUAUAACUGUUAUUGCUUAGUUGUUGAUUUUUGUUAUCAGACUUAACCAAGGGGUCUGAAACGCUCCAGUAUGUGGCCUGUUCCGGAGAAGGCAUUGAUAUUUACAUUUCAGGCUUCAUUUAAGGCCAAGCCACUCUAAGAAACCUACACUGAAAAAAUAAAAUUCUGGAAAUGUUGUAUCAACUUUAAAUAUUUCAAGUAACUGAUCACACGAAAUAUUUGAAGUUGCCUCAAUGUAAAUAAGUUUAUCCUGGAAAUAAAUCAGUUUAACCAUAAAAAUAAAUAAGAAAGUUACAUUUAAAAGAACAAGCUAAUAAUUUUCAACUGUUGCAAUGAGAUGAAACACAUUGAAUGAAAACAGCUUUGUUUUAUUUUUUCAGUGUACAUUACUUUGCCUGGUAGAUUACAAAAUACAGGUAACUGCAAAUGUAGAGAAUCUAAUUUGCUGUUUGCAAACUAAGAAACUUUUAGUCUUGCAAAUAUUAAUCUUAACUGGCUGUAAGAUAAAUUGGUUGUUUUGCAUGACGAGAGCCGCCCAGGUUUGCCCAGCAGGAGGUAACAGGGAUGUGCCACAGCGCAUAACAGAGACCGACGCCUUACUGCGCUCUUCAGGAAUCUGCAGGUUUGUCUGUGACUGGCUACCUGAUGCAUUUUCAAAUUCAACUUUAUGGGGCUUUCCAGGUGUCUUGUGUUUCAUUUUAACACUUCCCUUCUGAAAAAAAACAGCUUAAGCUUAAGCUGGUCAACCAGUUUGAUAGCUGACCAUCUUUUCAUGCUGGUUUGAUGGUUUUGGUGGUCAUACCAGUUUAUGGUGGUCAUUCUAGCUGGUAUAGCCCAUCAUGCCAGGAUGGCCCCACCAGCAUGACCAACUGGUGGCCCGACCAGCUAUUCCAUUAAAGAUCACCUGACUACCUAAGAGCUUCUUACAACAUCUUCUUAGACCAUCUUCUUAGAGCUGCUACUGUAAAACCAGCUACCAGCUUAAGUGGGUUUUUAGCUGUUUUUAGUUUAGCAGGGUUCAUUGACACUCUGCACGUCACUCUUAUAAUCCUUAUAUGGAGUCUCCAAUCAUUUAAAUAACAUUACCACAUAAAAACAUCACGCAACAUUCAGUGUAGUGUAACGAAAGGAAAAUAUGAACGUUAAACACCCUCAAUGCAGUUAUAGUGCAGUUACGUGCUGCACUAUAGCGCCGGACCCCAGUUAUGAGGGUGCUGCUGUACGAAACAUGUUGACAUGUUACACACACACCGAAUAAUUAAAUUAUUAAGCACUCUGCUGGCGUUUUUGGUUCAUUUCGAGCACGUUGUUAAAAUGAUCUGUUGCCAUGAAGCACUUUUUACAGUAUGUGCUUUCACUUUAUGCUUGACAAAAUGUAAAAACUGUUAUGGUUUUACUUCUAUAAUAAAUUAAAAACAAUGGAAA